ACAAGGGGGGGGGGGGGGGGGAUAGAAACGGAUACGAGCAGAUUUGAUGGUCAGGUGGUGGUGUCAGGGCACAGUGCAGGAUCUGAGAAACAUCCAUGAGCCUUUGCGCUCCGGAUCCUCUCAUCCAUGUGGCCCCUAAAAUCAAAAAAAUGUGCUUGGACAAUUGGUUUGCAACAGCUUUGGUGAUGGCCUCGAGGGCAUAAGGACACCUAACCUGGUCACCAGUGUCCUACAUUUUGCAGCUCGUCGAGACUUUUGCCGCACGCUGAACAGUGGCAGCACGAUGUAGGGAAGGCCCGAGGGCCAUAGUGCGAUGAACUGUAUUUCGAACGGUGCAAAUUGUGUCUCGAUCGGAGCCGGAUCGAAAAGCACUCGCGAGACCCGAAUACCAGGAAUACCAUGAGAAUGUCCUUUCCUGCCGGGAUUCAAAAAUUCUCACUGCCAUAUACUUUCCCUGUGUCGUGGGCUCUGUCACAACUUUAACGACUUCCUCUUGUGCACAAUUUUGACCUCCUCCCCUUUUGUCAACUGCAAUAUGACGUUUGUUAUGCCGCUGUCGAUUGGCGUGUCAACAAGCACUGGAGUCGAGCGGGCUCUGCGGAUGCUGACUCCUGUUCGCGAUCGGGUAUCAACAGUUUUUCGCUGACAGGUGGAAAUUCCUGUGUAAGAUAGGCAUGAUUCUCCACAGAGGACUUAGCCACGGAGUCGCUGUUAUCUAACCCCAUGUCGGGUUAUGGCGGUGUUUCUCAGCACCUGGAUCGGGAGUCGGUAGCUGUUUGCUCCUCCAUUGGCAGUGGUUUCUUUCGGGCUUGAUGGGGUCUCGCCAUCCCUUAGGCGACAUACCUGGUCCCUCUCCUUGAUGAUUGACGGUCCAGUGGCACACAGAUUCGGCGAUGGAGACAGAUGCGCGCGGGUGAAAGGGCGGAAUCGUUUGGCACGAAUGAGAUUACUCGGGUCCUCGUAUAAUCCAAAUCGGUCUGUCGCGCUCUCAUUGAUUCCGCUCAUCAUUUUCAACUGCAAUGAUGGGCAGGAAGACCACAGCUCAAAGGAAACGAUUCGACUUCCUCCUUAUACUAUCUCCCGCACGUUCCACGUAUUGCCUGAAUGAAACUCGACAAUUUCUCAG